AUGAAGAACAUCCCAUAUGCUUCUGCUGUUGGAAGCUUGAUGUAUGCUCAGGAUUGCACUCGACCCGACAUAGCAUUUGCUGUGGGAAUGUUAGGAAGAUACCAAAGUAAUCUAGGUUUGGACCACUGGAGAGCUGCAAAGAAGGUGAUGAGGUAUCUUCAAGGAACAAAGGGACACAUGCUUAUGUACAAACGGACGAACAACUUGGAGGUAGUUGCUUACUCGGACUCAGACUUUGCUGGCUGUAUUGAUUCCCGUAAAUCAACAUCGGGAUAUAUUUUUAUGUUCACUGGCGAAGCUGUAUCCUGGAAGAGUGCAAAACAAACCUUGGUUGCCACUUCCACUAUGGAGGCAGAGUUCGUUUCCUGUUUUGAGGCCACCUCACAUGGUGUGUGGUUGAAAGGUUUCAUAUCGGGGCUUAGAAUUAUGGAUUCCAUUGCUAGGCCAUUAAGAAUAUUUUGCGACAAUUCAGCUGCAGUUUUUAUGGCUAAGAACCACAAAAGUGGUAGUCGAAGCAAGCACAUCGACAUCAAGUAUUUAGCCAUCAGAGAACGUGUUAAAGAGAAGAAAGUGGUCAUAGAACACAUAAGUACUGGAUUGAUGAUAGCUGAUUCUUUAACUAAAGGCAUGCCGCCGAUGAGUUAUAAAGAUCAUGUUUCUAGAAUGGGCAUUGGUCCAAUUAUGUAA